UUGGUGGUGUCGCGUUUGCAGUUCCUUGGAAGCUCAGGAACAACCAACCUACCUUGUGAGGGGCAGCUGGUACAGCGGAAAACAAAGCAUGGGUCAGAAGACAAGCCGACAGGCUCGCGACAGGGUUCCAGUGUCGACACCCGUUGGUGAAUAUAGCUCACCCCGUAUUCAAGCGACUGGCGGAUCCUCUCCAACACCGACAGCCAAUGCCCUAAUCCAUGAGGACGUCAGCCAAUCGUCCAGUGGGUGGGCAACUCCUCACAUCGAAUCCCGCUCCGACAUUGCUGUAUCGCGGAGUCUGCUCCAGUUCAGCAUCGACCUAUUACGGGAGAUGCGACGGUCGUCCUCAGCUGGCGACAACGUGGUCCUGUCGCCCUACGCGGUCGCCAGCGCACUUCACGAACUGCUCGUCGGCUCCCGUGGAGAGACGGCAGCCCAGAUCGCCACCGUGCUUCAUGUUACCACUGGAGAGAUGGUUACCCACUACUUCACGGAGCGAGACAGUGGAAUCCCCAAUCGACGGCGUUGCGAGCCCCAACUGCGCUUCGACAUGGGCUACAUGAACAGCGUGCACCACGACUGCAGCGUCGGUCGCACUGUUGGGGCCCAGGCCCCGGGAGGACAGCAGAUGGGAGAGCGACUGGGGCGCUUUAGCUGGGACUUUGUGCACGCGGCCGAACAGAGCAGCGAGGAGAUAGACCAGUACGUGGGCCUCUACACGCGCGCCUUCGAGCCGGAAGAGGUCAUGCCCAAGGGCCGCAUCACUCCGUCGACCCGUGUUUGCUUCCUGAGCGCCGUGGAUUUUCGGGGGUCAUGGCGUUACGCGUUUGAUGACUGCUCGGCCACCCGAGAGCCUUUCAGCGAGGCGGACGGCACCACCUCUGCGGUCAUCAUGGCGCACCAGAGGGGGCGCUUCCCCUUCGCCAAGUGCCCUGAACUCAAGGCUACGGCGUUGCUCCUUCCGUACCAGGCACCCGGCGUGGGAGCUGGUGGCAUGGCUUCGGGGCCUUCCACUCCGCAUGAUGGCAGGUGUAGUCCCACUGAGGAACCACAGCACGGGCCUGAGUUCUCGCUGGUGAUCUUCCUCCCGGACGAGCAUAACGGGCUUGACAGCGUAGAGGCAAAGCGGAACACCGUCACAGCCUUGCAGUGUCUCGGCAAGCUGCGACCACGGGACGAAAUAAAUGUGAGCCUGCCCCUUUUCAAGGUUAAGCAGGUCACGGAACUAGCCCCAGCCCUGUCGGCACUGGGUGUUCGAGACGUGUUCAGUGAUCGGGCCCUGCUUUGGGGCUCGAAGGCGGGCGAGAAGCGCGUGUCGAUGAUUCGCCAUGCUGCCGCCUUCGAGACGGCAAGGACAGGAGGCCGCAGCCACUCGCACUCGACGAUGCAGGUGGGCCAGCUUGAAACGGCCCUCGUACAAGGACUUACCUCCCUUGUAAAGACCCCCCAGCACGGAGAUGAGUUCGUCGUGAACCGGCCAUUUCUCUUCUUUCUAAUCUGCACCAACCCGGACACUCUGAUACUGCUUGGGUCUGUGCGCAAGAUCACUUGGUGAUUUCUUUUGCCGGAAUGAUUACCCCUUAUGUUUUGCAAUACUUAUUGUUUUCUGAUUUGAUUUUGUUAAUUAGUUAUCUUCACUUUUACCUGUCAUGCUCCUAAUAUGUAUUAGUUUUAGUUCCAGUCAACAAACCAUGCGCAGUCGUAGCUUUUUGUGGCUCUCUUCUGCCUAAUGUUCCAUCUGCAUUUUUCAAGUAUCUGAUGCAUACUGUGUUCAUAAUGUGGCGUUUCUCAAGUGCAGUUAUUCAAACUUUACGUACAUCUUAUGCUCUAACAACUUAUUCUCAACGUAUCGAAAGCCUGCAGUCAUUUUUGUACAUCUGUUUUUUUACAAAAGCGAACCAUUAGCCAUACUAGCCCGUAAUUUUUUAAUAGUCAGCUAUAUAAUGCAGGUUAUUGCUAAGUUUUGCGCUGAAUCGCACAUAAAGCAGUCAGUGCUUUAAGUCGACGAAAUAGCAUUACACAAUAAGGGUGAACGGACACUGAUGAGUGUGCUUUUAAAUGUACGCAGAAACAUGGCGCUCAUGCGACGCUGUGUAAGCGCGCUACCAAUUCCAAAAUUGCCAUUAGUGGUGUAAUCGUUCUAUAGGAGUGUGAAUAAAGCAAGCUCAUGAUUAAAGCAAAUAUUUGCGAGAACUGCAGGUUGCCAUUGUAACAGGUUGAGAUGCGUCGAAUUACACGCAUUUUAAAUUCUUAGAAAGCGCGCAUGAACGCUAUAGAAGCAGAUUCGGCAGUUCUUGCAGCAGGGACGAUCACGUCAAUCAGAGGUGGCUGCGUUCAGCAAGGCACGCUUCACUACAACGCACAAAGAAUAAGCGUCGACGCGAGGGAAGCCAGCAUUUAGCUAUUCCAUGCGCUUAUGUCAGACAUACCUUAAGGU